AUAGUGGAACCACGACUUCGAUAUACAGAUUUGGUUGACAAACUGGUACAUUACAAUAUGGACGAGUUGCGAACAAUGGGCGCUCAGGGUUUAGUGGCAAACGCAGGCAUUUUUCAUAACGAUAAACUUCUCGAAAAACUUGGCUAUCGAAUCAUGGCUGAAGCAAUUGAUGGAGCCGUCAACAAUUCCAUCAGGGCGUCAAGCUUCGAAUACGAUGACAAUACGCUCAAGACACAACUUGUGUACAAAGAAAUGUGGCGAGGGGAAGACCUUGGAACACGCAUUGUCAUCUAA